CCCUCUCUCUCUCUCUCUCCCGUCUCGCGCUCUCUCUCUACAUAUAUUAGCGCCCUGGAAGACAAGGAGGAGCUCUUUCUCUCUUUAUUUGCAGAAAUGUCCAAACAAAAGUCGAAUUUCCCCGGGAAGCCCCUGUCAUCUCUGAAGCAGCCGAGCCCUCUCCUCAUGUCUCAGAAGAACCAGCUGAUCGAUUCCCUCACCUCCCACAUCUCCCUCUACACCUCCAACCCCACCCCCAACCCCAACCCUAACCCUAGAGCCUCCAUCCUCAAAUGGUUCUCCUCCCUCACCCCACACCAGCGCCAGUCCCACCUCACCGCCGUCGAUCCCGGCUUCGUCCGCAUCCUCGUCCAGAUGCUCGGCCACGUCGACCCCCGCGGCCACUGCACCUUCAUCAUCCUCCCCGACCUCCCUUCCCCCGACAACCUGCCCAGCCUCUGCUGCCGCCGGUCCCGCGGCCUCCUCUCCCGCGUGGCCGAGUCGGAUGCUCCCUCUCGGCUCAUCUUCGAGUCGGCUCGCCUGUUCAGCUCCAACGAAGGUGACAAUGUCAAGGAGUGCUCUGUUUCCCUGAAUUGCCUCGACUCCGUUACUGUUGGCGAAGAGCUGGUUCGGGAUUUCGAUUUGUUUGUGGAGACGAUGGACGGGGUUUCUAAGGGAGAGUUCUUGAGGGGCGAGGUCGCGGAGUUGGGGGAGGAUUGGGUGGAAUUGGGGUGGUUGAAGGCCAAGGGCUAUUAUAGCAUUUCCGCCUUCGUGGCUAAUCGGUUAGAAGUGGCUUUGAGAUUGGCGUGGUUGAGUUGUAACAGUGGCAAAAAGAGAGGGGUGAAAUUGAAGGAGAAGGUCGGCAUGGCAAGUGCUUCGGCAAACGUGUUCUGGAGGAAGAAGGGCUGCUUGAACUGGUGGCGGAAUUUGGACGAUGAAACAAGAAGGAAGGUGUCAGCUGCAGUGAUGGGUAAAUCUGCAAAGAAUUUGAUUAUGGAAAUUCUGAGCGAGGCAAGUAAAACCUCUGAAGAUAAGUUGUGGGCUUUCAGUGGGGGAUUUGAGCAUUCUCUAAAGUAUGACCAGAAAGCGUCAUCGAAACAAAAUAUGAAAGACCUUCUCUUUGACGCAGGGUUUGUCUCAACCAUUUCAAGGGACGUUGUUCCUCAGAAGAGUUUAGCUGAUCACUUUAACCGUUUGUUUGUGCUUCAGAGUGUAAUUACAACGAUGCUAUCUAGCUUUCAUGACAAUUUUGACCCUGAGUUGCAAUUUUUUAGCACUUUGGGCUCUCUUGGCACCCUAGCUGAUUGUCUACAUAGGAAACUCAGAGGAUUUCUGAUGGUUAUUUUUCUUGAGUACACUAAACUUGAACUUCUGGGAGAGCAAAAAAAUUGUAGUUCAUUGCCUAAUAAAGUUAAAGAAAAGUCAGGGUCAACUUCUCGCCGGAAGAAGGCAAAGUCCCAUAAUUUCAAAAGGGUAAAUCCCAGUGCAAAUUCGUGUCAGGAUCUUUCUCCGAGUCCGAGUAGCAUAUCUCAUGAGGAAAUCAGUGGGACCUCUUCUCCUAUUGAGGUUACCUUGACGGAGGCCACAAAGGUGCGAGGGAAAAAUAUUCAUGGGGAGACAUCAUCAUCAGCGGUCGAUAUGGAAACUAUCAGAGGAUUUGUCGCUAAGAAAGUUCCGGAUUCUGCCAAGAAGAACAAGAAAGGAAAACGUAAGAACAGAAACUCUGUCCUUAACAUUGCAAAGGAAGUUAAAGACUUUGAGUAUUCAUCUUUGGGAGCUGUGUCAUCUUCUUGUAUCUCUCAAGAUGAGACAGCAGAAUUGGUUCAGGGGCUUGAUAAGAUGAGUUUACCUAGUACUCCUAGAGAUGCUCAGAAGGGAAAAUAUGUUGUUGCAUCGAAUUGUUCUUUUCGACUUAUUGGGGAUGAUGCAGCCUCUGAAUGCAGUAAAGGAGAUCUAUCUGUUGAUAACGCUGAUGAGUUGAGCUGUACCAUGUCAGAAUGUUCCCAGCCUUGUGAUGCUUCCCCAAAAAAUGGUAUGCCUUCUUGUUUAGAAUCUUCAUGCUGUAAAUUAACUUUUAAGGAAGUUACACCCAGCAAUUGCUCUCCAGAGAUUGGUGCUGUCUUGAACAGUGAAGACACUAGUGUUCAGGAACUUAAAAACUUGAGCAGAAGUGAUCCAAAAUCAGCUCAUCCUAGGCAAAAGGGAAGAGUUUUUGAUCUAAAAGGCGGAGUAACCAAAGGAGAGGAGAGAGUUAACUUUGGUGAUCAACCUGAACGUGAUGGCUCUUCAGCGUCCCAAUCACAGGAAUGGCCUAGUGUGGCUUCUUAUUCCCCUUCUCCAAGUUCACAUCUUCCACCUGCUACAGACAGAUUACAUCUUGAUGUAGGCCGAAAUUGGCAGAACCACUUCCACCAACCCUUUCUGCCAACAAUUCAUCAAACAAGGAAUCCUCCAAUGGAAAAUGGUUGCAAACAAAUUUUGACUCGGCCUCUUCCAAUGAGCUUAGAUUGGCCCCCAGUGGUCAGAGGUUCAUGCAGUCUAGCUUCCUCAAUUGCAUGUGGUUAUGACUCUGGGUUCAUCCCGAGAAGGCAGACUCCAUUUCACCAGGGUUUCUCAUCUCAUAGCUUGCACCUUAAUGUUACGUCAAAUAACGAUGAGAAGAAGUAUACUGGGGAUUUCUUGGAUAAGCCUGAAUUGAUGAAUAUGCAUGAUCUAGUGGAUGAAUGUGAUGGCCAGUGGAUAUCAGAAGAAGAAUUUGAGGUGCAUGGAGUAUCAGGGUUUGAUUAUAAUCAAUACUUUGGUGGGGGUAUAAUGUACUGGAACCCUUCCGAUCACCCAGGUACGGGAUAUUCUCGGCCUCCAUCCCUUAGUUCUGAUGAUAGCUUCUGGACUUGGCAGGAAGCCGAUAUGAAUCGAGCUGUCGAUGAUAUGGUUGCGUUCUCUUCUUCGUACAGUACAAAUGGUCUUGCUUCACCAACUGCUGCUCCCUUUUGUUCUCCUUUUGAUCCUCUUAGUUCAGGGCACCAGGCUCUUGGUUAUGUUAUGGCAGGGAGUGAAGUAGCUGGCCUGGCUGAUUCCGCAGGUGAUGAGGAAGCAUCAGGAUCUUUGGCUAAUAUAACUGCUGAUGUUGAUGGAAAGACUGGAGAUUCUCUUCCUUACCCUGUUUUACGGCCAAUCAUCAUUCCCAAUAUUUCAAGGGAAAGGUUGAAGAGAGGUCAUGAUCUGAAAAGCCCUUGUAUUCCUCCAACUAGGCGAGAAAAACCUCGAAUAAAACGGCCACCAUCACCCGUUGUUCUAUGUGUCCCAAGGGCCCCGCGUCCACCUCCACCCUCUCCUGUAGGGGACUCGAGAAAGCAUAGGGGUUUCCCGACUGUUAGAUCCGGUAGUUCCAGCCCAAGGCACUGGGGUGUUAGAGGCUGGCACCAUGACAAUGGUAAUAGUAAUUUGGAGGAAGGUUGUGUCCGCAUGGAUGGUGCUGAGGUUGUUCUGCCUUCUUGGAGAGCUAACAACCUUUCAACCCAUUCGAUGAUUCAGCCCAUACCUGGGACUUUGCUGCAGGAUCAUCUUAUUGCGAUACCACAGCUUGCACGUGAUCAGGAACAUCCGGAUGUUGCCUUCCCUCUGCAGCCGCCUGAUCAACAGAACUGUCCCACGCGAAAGGCGUCUCUCUCUUUGCUGCACAGCACCCUUAAUGAUGAAAUCGACUCAUUUUGGAAGAAGGUUGCCUCAGAGAAUUUAUCCAGGAAACCUUACAUUAAUUGGGCUGUCAAACGUGUUACGCGGUCGCUCCAAGUCUUGUGGCCCCGGUCACGAACUAACAUUUUUGGGUCAAAUGCGACUGGGCUAGCUCUUCCUACAAGUGAUGUGGACCUUGUAGUUUGUCUGCCACCAGUCAGAAAUCUGGAGCCAAUUAAAGAAGCUGGGAUUUUGGAAGGUCGUAAUGGUAUUAAAGAGACAUGCCUUCAGCAUGCCGCUAGGUAUCUUGCCAAUCAGGAAUGGGUUAAAAAUGAUUCACUUAAGACCGUGGAAAAUACUGCUAUACCUAUUAUAAUGCUAGAGGUUGAAGUUCCGCGUGAUCUCAUUACAUCUACUGCGUCUCGUGUACAAUCACCAAAAGAGGAUCCAGUUCAGAUCAAUCGUGAGGAGCGUAAUCUUGUAGAUUUUCAAGUUGGCGAAUCAGAAGAUUCUUCUUCACCAAGGUGUUGUCAAACAAAUUAUGAAUGUAAGAAGGAUCCAAAAACAGUGCGUCUUGACAUCAGCUUCAAGUCUGCCUCUCAUACAGGACUCCAAACAACAGAACUAGUCCGAGAGUUGACUGAGCAAUUUCCUGCUGCAACACCGCUUGCUUUGCUUCUGAAACAGUUUCUGGCAGAUCGUAGCCUUGACCAGUCCUAUUCAGGCGGUUUGAGUUCAUAUUGUCUGGUAUUACUGAUUACGCGCUUUCUUCAGCACGAGCACCAUCUUGGCCGCUCUAUCAACCAAAAUUUUGGCAGCCUUCUGAUGGAUUUUCUGUAUUUCUUUGGGAAUGUCUUUGACCCUCGCCAAAUGCGCGUCUCAGUACGUGGAAGGGGAUUGUAUAUGACUAGGGAAAGAGGUCACAGCAUCGAUCCUAUUCACAUUGAUGACCCUCUUUGUCCAACAAACAAUGUGGGGAGAAAUUGCUUCCGCAUACAUCAAUGUAUCAAGGCAUUUUCUGAAGCCUAUUCUCUUUUGGAGCAAGAACUUAGUUGCCUCUCAGACAAGGCGGACAGUGACACAUGUUCAACACCUCCCUAUAGACUGCUCCAAAAGAUUAUUCCAGGCAUCAGCUGAGCUUAAAGUUUCAAUCUGCUGAAAGCAUCUUCAAUCUGAAGGAAGCUAGUGGCAUGGUUCAGAAGUUGCCAAGAGGUUUCUAACUUAAGAUGAAGGGCUGUUACCUUGCUGGAAUAUCAAGUUUGGAAAAUGUUGGAGCUGGACUUAAUGUUAACUUCAGAAUCAGUUGCCAGGUGCGUCUCCAGCUUUGUAGCAGCAAACAUAGCGGCCAUUUGGUCAUUGGUACUUCCAAAUUCAUUACAAGGAUGAAAGUGCAAGUGCAUCCGGAGUAAUUACCUUCCGUGAUGAAGUCAUGCUGGAGAUAUUGACAUCCUAUGUGUUGUCAAAUACUGUAGGGACUUGCACCUCUCUAAGCAAUUGUCCGUUUGCUGCAAAGUUACUACAUAAGUGCGGACGAUAUUUCAGUCCUACCAAAAUUAUCAGUUUGCCCUCGAUCUUGCAGACCAAUCUUCAAAAUUCCAGCUGCAAUUGUCAACCAUUUGCUCCAGAAAUUGCAAGCUUGAAUAGAUGAGUUUUUUGAGGCAUUGGAUAGAGCUUAAAAGGAGUGGAUAUACUGAUAAUACCGGCAUUGCUAUAAAGCUGUAUAAGGUGAUCAGACUCCAGGGGACGGCAGAACUCUAACAAGUGAAUCAUGGAGAGUUUUUGAGGACAAUCGUGAUGCCUGCUUGCGGACGAAUGAUGUCCGUUUCAGUCCGGAGGAUGUCUUCUUUUGGUCAUGAGAGGUCAGUUUGGUGAUUCAUUACUGAAAAGUGCCUCUGGGUUAAGUAAACCUCUGCUAGAAUAUGUACUUAUCUCAUUGUAUCUAUUGGAUUGGCUCUUCUCCAUUGAACGGAAACUUGUUUAAAAUGUUUUAAUGCACACAUGGACUAUUAUCAUAUAGCAUAGUCGAAUCAUCUCCUUCGAAACUAGUAGACAUAAUUUUAUUGCUAAUGUUUGAAACUCGAAAGGGAUGACAAGCAAUUCUUCUCGCUUU